UUUUUAGUCUCUUCCAGGCCCUUGAACCCCAUGUUUGGAUCCAAAGCUUCCAGGUUACAAACAGUGAAGAGUGUCUUCGGCUCCCUAUCUCGGAGUGUACAUGGCGAGGCAGCACCUAAAUGGGAUGUGUAUGCCUCAGUGUGCCUGAAGCAGAAUGCUCUUCUCACUCCAAAGCUGACACCUUUGGAAGAGAGAGUGCGAAAGUACCUGCUUGAGCAGGAGUUUAGGAAUAGCCUGAAGUCAAACCAUGAGCUCCAGCUGGAGAAAGAGCUGCAAGCAAAGUCAAAUCAGGAGGAGGCAGCUGAGAUUUCCCUUGCCACUGCUCACGAUAAGGAGGAUAAAUGGAGUGAAGAGUAUGAACGGUUCUUGCAUGAACAUCCAAGCCAACUUCCUCCAAAAAAUUACAGCGACAAAGUGCGAUAUCUAGUUAGUAAGUUCCAUGAUGUGUGGAGCCUGCCACAAGAGUGUGUGACAGCAUCAGACACACUACGGGACGCAGCAGAACGUUGCAUCCAGAACUCUUUCCCUGGAAGGGAGGUUAACUUUCACAUUCUUGGCAACGUCCCCUGGGGUUUCUACAAGUAUAAGUACGGGAAGGCGUUACGAGAGAAGCUUGGAAGUGUAGGAGCAAAAGUGUUCUUCAUGAAAGCAGAACUGGUUGGCACAGAUCUUCCCUUGCCAAGUGAUACUGCUGAGUGGGUUGAUUCAAGCAAGCUGUGGGAGAGGCUGUCCAUCAAAUCCUAUAGGAAGAGUGUUUUUUCAUUUCUGCCAGUUUGUGAGCAAUUGACUGGACCAGGACAAAGAGAGGAUAGUUAGCAAUGGAUGAGGGGAUUGAUGUUGAUGAGCUUGAAAGGGAUAGUGAAGCACUGGAGAAGAAAGCCAAGGCUUUGCAGAAGGAAGGCUACAGGGAGGGUAUUUCUGCCAGGGAAGAGGAGAGCCUCCAAGAGGGCUUUGAUGCUGCCUACAAGGAGAUGUUUGAUGCUGCAUUCGACCUUGGAGAGAUCAGAGGGAUGAUUCUAUUUGUGGAGACAUAUCUGCAGUCACCGAAGGUUGAAGCUUGGAAGGUAACAUUGGAUAAGUUGCAAGAGAAACUGAAGUCUGCAUCUCCCAGUCAACCCCUCCAAGAAGUGACGGAUGCUAUUACGGCAUUGAAGGCUGAAAUCCAUCAUGAACUUGUAGACUGCUGGAUCUCACGCUCAAGUUCUACUUCCACUCUGCACUACCUCCUGGAUGUAAUGCUUGUGGACUAUCCCACAUACUGGAUGAGCAACCCUGUUCUUGAGUUGAAAGUGGUGGAGGGCUCGCACCACACUUCAGUCAUGAUCGAGCCAGAGGAGGAGCGGGAGUCAAUGCGUAUGGCAGAAGACUGGCAGAAGAAUGAUGCCAAGUUAUGCCUCUCCUCUGCAUUUGCCAAACUCACUCCUGCUCUCAUCCCAGCCCCUCGAGUGAUAUACUUUGCUCAUGACAUCAUCAUGCCCUCGCGUGAUGAGGAGUUAUGUGAUUUUUGGCAUGACAGUCUCAUCAAACUAGUAACUCUUCACCCACCAGUUUCUUCUGGCAUGCGUGAAUAUUACACCAGGGCCUUCUUCCCAUCAUCCCGCAAAGAGACAUUCCUAUGGGAACUUCUGAAAGAUAAUCUGGAGUCCUUGCUGAAUGACUCCAAAAGUGUACGGAAGCCUGUCAGCAAGUUAGGGUCUACAAGUUGUCUGCAGACUCUACAACAAAAGAAGGCCUUCAUCUUGUUGAACUUUGUGACAAGAGUCCUUGCUCUGGACUUCCGGUACAAAGUGGAACCAAUUGAAAGUACGUUGGCUUAUCAAACCUUCUUUCAAAAGUCUUCUGGAUCUUAUCGAGGCACUGCUUCAAAGUCCCUUCUGGGAUUGUACGCCAAAACAUUUACUCGUGAAAUGCCAGGAUCUGAGUUCCUUCUCUUUCAGACUUUGUUCACAUUGAUGUCGGAGUGCCAGCGUCGGGGUCUGUCUCGGGAUGAAUUAGCUACUCAGGGGAUUUGCUACCCCCUUGCAGUGGAACUCUUCUCUGAAAUGCACCACAAUCUAGACUCGAAGUCUCUGCAUCGUGCUUUGAGGAAUCUGCAGCCAGUCUGGCUUGCCCUCAUGGUCAUUUCCCUGGCACUGCAAGAUGCCAUUCGUGUGAUUAAUAUCUCCCCCUUCAGCUCUCCUCAAGAGGUUCUUGGUGCAAUGAGCUGCCUAGUUUCUGAGUGUGAGAAGCAGGCCAAGACGGGCAGGUGUCGUGUGUCUACCAAAGAUCUUAUUCAAAGUGUGCUAUUCUUCUGUCAUUUCUUGAAGAUGUAUCUCCAGUUUCAUCCUGCAUCAUCCUCUGCCCUGCGAAAGGGUCAAAGCUCCUCGGGGGAAUCUCUGAGAGAUCUUGCAGACAAGAUCAUCAACUACACUGCUGUUUUGAAAUCCCUGGAUGGAGCCUCUUUGACAUACAUCCAUUCCAUCCUCAUUGCAUGCACAAUCAAGUUUUGA